CGGGCUCUGAAAGCUGCUCCAGGACUGGAAACGUUGACUCUAGAGCGGAGAAACAAAUGCAAGAGCUGAGAGUUCAAAUCAUACUUUCCCCAAGCAUGAAAAGCAAAGCGACGCUGCAAAAGAAGACGAAGGAUUUAGACAGCACGAAGACAAGAGGCCUGAGGCUGAAUUGUCCUUACACAACCUCUGGAUUUUUGCAGACGACCUCGGUAUUUUCACAAAUAGAUCAAGCGCUGAAGUGGUAGAUCGUUUGAGUGUCUUACAACUCCGAGAUCCUUCUCUCGAUAGCUCGAGCCGACAAAGAAUGCC